GUAUAUCCCGGGGCCGGAACUAGUCAUGGAGUGCUCAGUACGGAUAUAUAGGAAAGCUAAUACAAGCUAUGUCUGCGGUUAUACAUUAAACUCGAGAAACAAUCGCUGUUGAACCUCAUGGCUUCGCGAACACCCCCUCCAGGCCUCGCAGCACCUUCAAUUCCACAUAAGUUCCGCCGCUCAAGCCGCUCAAGCCUCUCGCCCAGUCCAAAUCUAUAUAGACAAGCGCUAGAUGCAUCUACGCCUGCGGAUGAAGGUUCGCCUACAGCCCGUCGAAACCCAAAGCACACGACAACAGAAAUGAUGACACCAACACGUCAGGCUAGUCCACCUACAACAUCUGUUCUGCAGCAACCUACCACCCCGCCCAAAAAUCGGCCUACCCUCACGAGAGAAGUCGCGUCUGCUCCGGAAUUCACUCGAAAAGCUAAUAUUGAGGGGUUCAACGACAGCCCGAUAACCAUGUCAGAGUGGUACAAGCCGACUCCGUGCGGCCGGCGCUCGUAUUCCCGUAAAUUCUACAUGGACAAACAUGUGCUUGAAUGCCCUUAUUGCAAGACGGCCUUGCAAGAGCAGGCUCGGGAGCAGCAUUCCACCCAACGCAUGUCGGUUCCAAGUGAAACAUUUGGUACCGAGAAAGACACCAACGAUAAGCAAGGAGCGGUUGACAUGUUGGAAGAAGAAGGAGAUUCGGGAUUGACGGAAAUCGGCGCAAGCGAUAGGAUACGCAACCUAGAAUGCGGCCCAAAGCAGCUGGCAACACCAGCAAAUGGACAGAGGUCACCCGACGAAAGCACAUCAACAAGCUCUCAGGAUGAAUCGGUGCCCGUGAAGAUAGCAGUCACCACGAAGCUAUCAGCCUCACCCAAGCCCAAGAAGUCCAAGACGCCGCUAGACCUCGAAGAUGAACCAAGCCCAGACGAGCAGACGAAAAAUCAGACGAGCAAUCUUCCUAAGGAUGCAACUGGAGUUCAGAGAAGGCUACGGGAAGCCUUUGAGAGUACCCUUACGCCGAAGGACAGAGAGGGGUAUGUGUACAUAUUCCGUGAUCCUACACGUCCCGAUCUCCGAAAGAUUGGGAGAUCCUUUAGCCCAGAGAGCCGUUUGAAACAGGUAGAAUAUAAGUGUGGGCUUAAGUUAGUUUUGGUUCACGACAGGAGAGUGGGAUAUUACACGCGAACCGAACGACUCAUCCACGCCGAGCUGACGGAUCUGUGCCACCCUUAUACCUGCAAAACAUGUGGUGCAAAACACGGAGAAUGGUUUCAAUUGGAUGACCAUACUUCUAGGGCGUCAGUGGAUAAAUGGGUCAACUUCAUGCGCGUGGAGAGCCCUUACGACCUGGUAUCGAAAGAACUCCACCUGUUUUGGAGACACUGGGUGGCAAAGAGAGAACCUCUCUUUACGGAAGGAUUCGACGUGAAGAAUCUCCGGAAAACUUGGGCUCACAUCUUGUCACCAUCUUCGUUGGACCGCUUGAACUACCAGAUUGAGAACCUUUCGGCCCAUUCUGUAUGGGGAACGCUGUGGAAGUUCUCUUGGCAGGUGAAUGCUGUGCUUGCAUGGACGACAGCAUUCGUUGUUUUCCAGCAUCCUUCUACUUUCGUGGCUAUGUUUGUUUCCAUCUCUUGCACUUUUAUGAGAAUGUCUCAAGAUCUGCAACAAGUACGACAAUCUUCCCCGAGCCCGCAGAAUACUAGUACGACUCAACAAAAGGGCCCACGUCCUCGUACACCACAACAAAAACAUCCGUGAGCUAGAGCUUUGUAGCGGGCGCCCGUCCCUCAGUCGUAUACAGAAGCGCAUACGACGAUCUUGCUGCUAGUGAUGUACAUGAUCGGUUUCUUUGUGGCAGGACAUCUGUUUGAGCUGUUGCCAGUCUGUAAUUGUACUUUGAG